CAGAAAGCUUUCUUAGAUGAACUAGAGCAGCAUCGUUGUUUGGCUUGCUGGAGUUCAUGUGCCACAAUGAAGAUACUAGUUUUUGCUGGACUACUCUCUCUUGCCUCCAGUCGUUUCACAACAGGCUCAGAAUUUUCACUGAAUGAUUCUGCAAUUAAAACAGUGUCUCUUAUCAAGACUUUCCGUGGAAUCUCAGCAAGAGACUAUGAUUACAUUCCCCCUUAUGCUCUAGAAGGGGAGACAACAACCAUCCAUAUCAAAGAACACAAAUGCUUUUCAGAGAAGUCAAAUGAUUCCACUUUAACAGAAGUGAACAACACCACAAUGGAGUACCUGACCAGCUCUUUGAGCACCAAACUAAUACCUCUUGUCUACCUCAGUGCUGUUUUAUUGGGUGUACCAUCUAAUGCCAUCAUUUUGUGGAUGCUGCUCUUCAGGAUCCGGUCUGUAUGCACUGCCAUACUCUACACAAACUUGGCAGUUUCAGAUCUGCUCUUCUGCAUCGUGCUGCCCUUCAAAAUAGCGUACCACAUCAAUGGGAACAACUGGAUUUUUGGGGAGACGAUGUGUCGAACUACUACUGCUGUGUUUUAUGGCAACAUGUACUGCUCCAUUCUGCUGCUCACAUGCAUCAGUGUUAGCCGCUACGUGGCCAUUGUUCACCCCUUCACCUACAAGAGCCUGCCAAAACGUGCCUAUGCCAUUGUGGUCUGCACUACAGUGUGGAUCAUUGUCUUCUUGUACAUGCUGCCGCUUUGUAUAAUGCAGCAAAGCUACUACGUGAAACAACUUGGCAUUUACACCUGCCAUGAUGUGCACGACACCUGUGAAACGGUAUCUUCAUUCCAGUUCUACUACUAUGUUUCUUUAGCUAUCUUUGGUUUUUUAAUACCUCUUGCAAUUAUUGUCUUCUGCUAUGUAUCAAUUAUACUAACACUCAAGACUCAGGAAUGGUUCUGGUACGUUAAAGUCAGUCUUUUGAUCCUUGUAAUCUUUGCUAUUUGCUUUGUGCCAAGCAAUAUUAUUCUUAUUAUCCAUCACAUCAAAUAUUACUAUUACAACACAGAUAGCUUGUAUUCUUUUUAUCUAAUUGCUUUAUGCCUCAGCAGCUUAAACAGUUGUCUUGAUCCUUUCCUGUAUUUUCUGAUGUCGAAAAUUAGAAGUCAAUCCAAUAUUUAUCUAACAAUGGUUAAAAUAUCCAGGGAAAAAUGACAUUAGUUCUAUAUUUAUAUUAUCAGUAUUACCUUUUUGUACAAUAUUGACCCAGGCAACAACAGAUCUCAGGUGCAACAAUUAAAGAAGUGUUAGAAAAUACUGUCAGUAAAAUUUAUUUGCUUCCAUGCACCUCACAAGGAAUAUCUUCAGAUAUACCAGGUCUGUGGUUUUAUCAUGUGUAUUGCAACAUCCAGAGUACCUAGAUUCAGGGAAAUGGCUCCACACCUCCAUUUCCUUCUAAGGAAAUCACUUUCACAGCCACAGAUUGGAAACCAGAUUAUCAGUCACCACCUGAAGAGGAGUAUCUGAAAAGCAUUUACAGGCCCAUUCAU